AUCCUUCCCCGUCGGACACAAACACAAUCCUCCAGGUUCUGUAUUUGACUCGAGCUCCUCCUCACUCUCGAAAUGGAAUCAUUGUUUCUUAUUUUCGGGAGUGUGAGGCUGGUGAAUGGCGGCAGCCGAUGUGCCGGGACAGUGGAGGUUCAUCACGAUGGACAGUGGGGCACAGUGGAUGGCUAUGGCUCUGGUGACUCUGGUUGGGAUAUGCUGGACGCGGCUGUGGUGUGUAAGGAGUUGGGCUGUGGAGCCGCGCUGUCAGCCUCAGGAGACGCUCACUUUGGGAUGGGCUCUGGUCACAUAAUAACGUAUAAUGUUCGGUGCAAAGGGAGUGAGUAUGCUCUAAGAUAUUGUUCCUCAGAGAACUGGCGUCACUAUUAUUCGUCACACUCCUCUGAUGCUGGCGUCAUCUGCUCAGGUAAUUAAUUCAUUGUCUGAUGAUUUUUCAAUGUCUCAAUAGGAAUUAGAAUUAGGGAGAUUCUGGUAAAAGUUUGUAACCCGCAAUAUGUCAGUGUAUUAUUAUUAAAUCUGGUGUGGAGAGGUUGGUGGGAAGGAGUGGAUUCACGCUCAUUGCCCUAGGGACAUAAAUGCGGGUCGCACACUUAUGUUGUCUGCGUCAUCUGCUUAGUUAAACAAAUCUGUCGAUCAUCAUCAGUUCGUUUUCCGAGUGGUUCGUUUGGUGGGGUGAGCACUGGUUGUGGGCAGUGUUGAGCACAGGCGGCUGAGCACAGGGGACGACUACAAGGGGCAGAGUUUAAGGGGGAGGGUGCAGGGUGGGUGAGCACAGGGACUAAGUAGAUGGAGGUGUAGCAUAGGAGUUGAACAUAUUUGGGGUCAGCACAGGGAGCAUUGAGCGCUCGGAGUUAGGUGAGAACAGUUGGGACGUAGUUAGCACAAAGGGGGGCAACAAGGGGUUAGAAAACAAUGGGCUGAGUACAGUAGGAGUGAGCAUAGAGGAGGGAUUAGCAUACGGUGGAUGAGCGUUGGGCCCGGUGGUGACCACGGGGCUUGUAAUGAGCACAGUAGAGGUAAACACCGGGGAUUUGAGUACAGGAUUUGGUUGAACACAGGGUCGGUAAGCACAGUGGACAUUAUAGGGGUGGAGCAAAAGGGGUGAGCAAAUGGUGUAAGCACGUGCGGGGAUGAGCACAAGGGGUGAGUACGGAGGGUUGAGUGGAGUAUGAGUGAGCACAAAGGGCUGAGCAAUGAAGGGUAACACACGCGUUAAGAACAGGUGUGUCGAGCAAAGGGGGGUUAAGCACACGGGAUGAGAAUGAUUUGGGUUUAGCACGUGAGGAAAACAAGGGGGUUUAGGACGACGAUGUGAGUAUCGUGAGCUGAGCAGAGGAGUGGAUGAGCACAGCGAAGGUGGUGAUCACUCUGGUUUGGUUAAACACGGGGUGUAAAAUGGACGCUUUUCUGGGGAUAGCAUAUUGGGAGAAUUUGGCCAGAGGUGUUGAGCACCGAGGUUUUGAGCUCAGGGGUCUGAGCACAUCGGGGAGCACAUGGAGGUAUCAGAAUGGGAGGAUCAGAGGAAGGGAGCGCACAUGAUUAGCCCAGGGCGUAAUAAUAGAUGGUGAGCACAAGUAGAGGAUGACAACCAGAGUGAAGAGCACAGUGGAUCACGAGCAAAUUUUUGGAUAAAGAACAUGGGGAGCGCGGGGGUGGUACGAAUAGGCGGGGAGCACCUGGGGUUUGUGCAUACGCGGGGAUUAUGGGGUGAGUAUGGAUGGG